CGUCAAAAAUACAAAUCUCCAAUCUCCUUCCACUAUAACAAUCAGUAUUCUUUCAGUCAGCGCAAACCUUCAUCCCGUGCAAUGGAAACCACCGGAAAAGUGAAGAAGGCUUUCGGAGGAAGAAAAGCCGGUGGCCCCAAGACCAAAUCCGUUUCCAAAUCGAUCAAAGCCGGUCUCCAGUUCCCGGUCGGGAGAAUCACUCGUUUCCUGAGGAAGGGACGGUACGCUCAGAGACUCGGUGGUGGAGCUCCGGUCUACAUGGCCGCCGUUCUCGAGUACCUCGCCGCCGAAGUUCUGGAGCUAGCUGGUAACGCAGCGAGGGACAACAAGAAGUCGAGGAUCAUUCCGAGGCAUCUUCUUUUGGCGAUUAGGAACGACGAGGAGUUGGGGAAGCUUCUGAGUGGUGUCACGAUCGCUCACGGUGGUGUGUUGCCUAACAUUAACUCUGUUCUCUUGCCUAAGAAGUCUGCUAAAUCGACUGAGGAAGUUGCGUCCAAGUCCCCAGCUAAAUCUCCGAAGAAAGCUUAAAAAUCUUCUCGGCGUUGGUUUCGUUCACCAGUUUAGUUAAUGUGUUCGGGUGUUUUAUAUGUAGAAAAUCUAUCUUUUUUAAUUAUGUAUUUUGGAUUUGAUUUCUCUGCAGGUCCAACUUUCCUCUAAGUAACGAAUUAUAAAAUAUUUGCAAUUUGCGUUAA